AUGAUCAACGGUGAAGAGGAAACAAAAAAAAUGCCGCCACAUGUGCAAAAAUAUCGAAUUGGCGAGGCAAUAAAGGACUCACCAACUCAUGACUACGAUGGAUUGGCACAGAAAAACUUUGAUCAUUUUCAGAAACCGAUCGAUCUUAAUCAGAUUCGAGCCCGUGGUUUACCCGAUAAAACCCCGGAACGCCAAAGCAAAACGUCUUUUCGAUGGAAAGAUGUCGGAAUGCAUUCUCUCCGUAUCGCGAUCAUUGUGGCUGGUGGUUUGGCAGUGUUCUUCUGGAUUUGUUCUCAAAGAAAUCCCAGUGAUGGAUCGAAGAUUGGAUGGGUUGGAGAGGCAAAUUAUUCUCUUCCCGCCUAUUUUGAGCUCAAAUCGCCAAUGAUUGUCGGUCAAAAUAUUCACAUUGUUGGGAAUAUCAAAGAAGAUGCGACAAAAAUUUGCGUUUACUUGCUCAAGAACGACACUGACCCGUCAACUUUACUGCGAGUGUGCUCGUUUUUCACGAAAGAUUCUGGACUGACCGACGGCUAUUCAGAGUAUACAGCUGUCAUGCAAAAUGGAACGGAAACAUCGAAAACGACAAAUCCUUAUGAACGUCUCGGCGAGUACGACUUGCGAAUGCGUAUCUUGUCCGGUUAUGUACAGGUUUUUGCUCAAGGUGGAGAGAUCGGGAUCUUCGAGAGACCGGAUCUUUCUGAGGUGACUCACGUUGUUGCAUCUGGGGAUUUCGAUACGAUCACAUUGAUUUCAAUAUCUGGCGGGAACUAUUCAAAUCCAUUCACCGGCUCUUACACUCUUCCAUUCAAUUACCGCCUUGACAUCGCCGCUCAACCAUUGCCAAAAGUGGAUUCAACGCUUGUACACAUGGAGAAUCUCCUCGAGACUCCAACAACGACCGUUAGUCCGAAUAAAACGGAAAUGGAUGAUCCCUUUAAAAACUAUGAAUUGGAGCAUAGACGCGUGAAACGAAAAGGAUCAUUCAGUUCUCGAGGCUCUUCUGGAGCUCGUUCCUCAUCAUCUGGUAGUCGAGCCUCAAGUACUUCAAGGAGUACAAGCGGUGUGCACAGUACGGUACAGGUGGCGAGUCGGAGCUACGGAGGAGCGACUGGGGGUCGUUCGACUUUCAAUUUUGCCUCGUCUCCCAUUCUAAUCGUUCCCCCAUCCUACAGUUAUCGUACAACAACCGGCUCGAUCAUUUACAUGCAUUCGUACAGUGGAUCGCAUGCCACUCUUUCCAAUGGAUUUCUCUAUCCGACAAGCAAAAUGGUGAACAUCAGUCUGAUCGCCGAUGAGAAUACGUAUCCUAUGCAGGUCUCAAUUAACUUUCAAGCGAAGACAAUCGAGCGAAACGCGAAAGUCGACGGUGUUUGGGGAGAAGUCGAGAAGAAAGGAUCCAUGCCGAUGGAUAAUUGGAGAAUUUUUUCCUGUACUAUCGUGAAUUCCAAUUCGACUUUCGAGAUCUAUUUCAACGGUGUUCAUUUCACUCCGUUCAAACAGCGAACGACAAAAAGCGUUUUGCGAGUUCAUCUCGAAGGAGAUCUUGAAUUGUUCUCCAUUGGCUCAACGCUGAAAACUCAA